GUUUGCGCGGCAAAGUCGACUAUGGCUUUGGCUCUGAGGCCAAGAGGGCCCUGGCGGAGAUGCGCAUGGUGACGGAGGUGGCCAAGGAAAUGGGCUGGCCGCUGGAGCAGGUCUUCGGUGGGUACUGCCAUGCAGACAGCUGGAAGGCCAAACGGGAGGAGCGGGCCAUGUUGUUGAGUGACCUCGCCAGGGUUCUCCACGCAUGCUACCCCGACGUAACUUUACAGGCCGUCCACCAAUUAUGGUGCCUUACUGUGGAGGAUCAGGUAACUGGUCUCAAGUGGCAUGAGCUUCAGAAUUUUUACGUGAAGGAUGGGCAACAAGUCGUCCCGCUUGAAGUGGGCUACUGGGAGUCUGGGCAUGUUCCCCUUCAUGAAGCAGUCCCGCCUGAGACGGGCGGUUGGGGUUCUGGGGAUGCUGCUCUUCAACAAGCAGGCGGCCUGGAUUUUGGGGAUGUUGCCCCUGAACAUGCAGUUGCUGUGCCGGUGGUGGGCGCAGUGACAACUUCAGAGACGGAGGUGGGAGCAGAAGCGGUCAAGGUCACUCAAAAGAGGAAGGCGGAAGAAGAGGAAGAAGAAGUUGCACGUAUGCAGAAAGCCUUCCGACGCCGGAUGAAAGAGGCUGAACAUAAUUUUAACCAAGUCCUGGAGCAGAAAGCUGAAGAAAUUCAGAAGCUGCAGAGAAGACAACUGCGGAAUGGGUGCAUCCUCUGUGGCGAAGCCGCUGACUGGACAUUCAUUCCCUGUGGGCACACCAUGUACUGCCGACAUUGCCGAAAGAAGGCAGCAGAUAAAGAUCCUAAAAAUUCUACUCAUUGCGGUUGCUGCAGACUGCGCAUCACAGGUGGAGUUAGGAGCAUCCUAUCUGGUUGGGACUAG